AUAGCACGCCAAGCAAAUGUGACGAUGAUGAUGCUUUUCUUUUUCAUAUAUUAUUCAUUCAUCACUCACAAGUUGAAGAUUGCAUUUUUCCAAGUUUCAAUCUUCACUCAUCAAACCAUGUUCGGCAAUCAUCACUUCCUUCUCUUCAUCUUCUUCACCACCUUCUCCUUCUUCUCUCCCAAUCAUUCCCUCUUCUUCAACAUUACCAACUUCGAUGAUCCAACAACCUCGUCCGACAUAUCCUACCAGGGUGAUGGAAGAUCAACCAACGGCUCCAUCGACCUCAACAAAGUUAGCUACUAUUUUCGUGUCGGAAGGGCUCUCUACUCCAAACCCCUCCACCUCUGGGACCCAUCUUCCAAUGUUGUCACCGACUUUGUCACGCGCUUCACCUUCUCCAUUGACAGAGUGAACAACUCUGAGACCUUUUAUGCAGAUGGCUUUGCGUUUUACCUAGCCCCUCUCGGCUACCAGAUCCCACCAAAUUCCGCAGGUGGCACCUUUGCCCUCUUCAACGCCACCACCAACAGUGACCUCCCUGAAAACCAUGUUUUUGCUGUGGAGUUUGACACCUUCAUUGGCUCCACUGACCCCCCAAUGAAACAUGUCGGUGUAGACGACAACUCUUUAACCUCUGUGGCGUUUGCCAACUUUGACAUCGACAAGAACCUCGGAAAAAAGUGUCACGCUUUGAUCACCUACACCGCCUCCUCUCAAACCCUCUUUGUUGCUUGGUCCUUCAAAGGAAUACCAACCGCAAAGGACAACGACAACAACUCUUCUCUGUCUUACCAGGUCGACCUCAAGAAAAUUCUCCCAGAGUGGGUCAAUAUUGGUUUCUCUGCCUCGACCGGACUUUACACCGAACACAAUGUUAUUUAUUCGUGGGAGUUCAAUUCCACUUUGAAAGAUUCCUCCGUGGAUAAUGGUGUGAAACUAAACCAUAAAGGGUCAAAGGUCGUGUUAAUAGUUGCCGUUCUUUGUCCACUGGUUCUUCUGUUUGUGGCGGCGAGUGUUUUUGUCUUCGUGCUGAUAAGGAAAAAGAGAAGAAUGGAUGAUUGUAUGUUGUAUGAUGCCGGAGACGAUGAAGUUGGUCCAACUUCAGUUAAAUUUGAUCUGGACAGAGGAACUAUCCCGAGAAGAUUCGAGUACAAAGAGCUAGUGGAUGCAACUAACGGUUUUUCAGAUGAAAGAAGGCUGGGACAAGGAGCUUCGGGGCAGGUAUACAAGGGUGUGUUGAGUUACCUGGGAAGAGUAGUGGCCGUGAAGAGAAUCUUUGCAGACUUCGAGAAUUCAGAGAGGGUUUUCAUCAACGAGGUGAGAAUAAUAAGCCGUUUGAUCCACAAAAACUUGGUCCAGUUCAUAGGGUGGUGUCACGAAGAAGGUGAAUUUCUGUUGGUUUUCGAGUACAUGCAAAACGGAAGCCUGGACUCUCAUCUGUUUGGAAACAAGAGGAUGUUGCAGUGGCGUGCGAGGUACAAGAUUGCUCUGGGCGUUGCAACAGCGCUUCACUAUCUUCACGAGGACGCAGAGCAAUGUGUGCUACACAGGGACAUAAAAUCCGCGAAUGUGUUGCUGGACAUGGAAUUCAACACGAAGGUGGGGGAUUUUGGCAUGGCGAAAUUGGUGGAUCCAAGGCUGAGAACUCAACGAACAGGGGUGGUCGGAACUUACGGUUACUUAGCACCUGAGUAUGUGAACGUAGGAAGAGCUAGCAGGGAAUCAGACAUGUACAGUUUUGGAGUGGUGGCGUUGGAGAUAGCAAGUGGGAGGAGGACAUACCAAGAUGGUGAGUUUCAUGUUAGUUUGAUGAAUUGGGUGUGGCAGCUUUAUGUGGAAGGGGAAAUUCUGAGGGCUGCGGAUGAGAAAUUGUGUGAGGAGUUUGAUGAGAAUGAGAUGAGGAGUUUGCUUGUGGUGGGGCUGUGGUGCACAAACCCUAAUGAUAAAGAGAGGCCUAAGGCUGCACAAGUGAUCAAGGUUUUGCAGCUUGAAGCACCAUUGCCGUUUCUUCCACUUGAUAUGUAUGAACGUGCUCCUCCCAUGCAAGUCAUUAGAAUGCCCCAUCAUCACAGUAAUAAUCAUCAUUCAGGGCAAUCUUCACCCGUUACUAACAGUCUUGUGAGUGUUGGAAGGUGAUGAUUUGGAGUGUGAAUAUGUUUGUUUCUGAACAGGAGAUGUGGUUUUUGGUUUGGAUUCUUUGUUUGCAUGUAUAGUUAGUUUCAUUUGAUGAGUUGUUGAGUUAGAAGGUUCAUUCUGGUUUAUGUAUGACAGAGAUCUAGGUAGAUUCUACACUUUGCUUCUUUUUUUUUCUCUGCUGAGUCCAUCAAGUCUUUAUUAUUGGUCAAACAUUGAACAUGUACAAAUCUAUAUCAGUAUGACAAGACUUGCUUUAUAAAUAUACAUUGUUUAUUUUUCUUUGUUGA